GGCUGAUGGAGAGACGCUCCUGACGUCGCUGCUCGUUUCGCAGUUUGCCCACACGAACGCGGAUCGCGCUGGGGAUAGGCGGACUGUAUCGUUACCGUCAGUUCAAAUUGGGUUAAUCACACGAAAGCGGCCGUAUAAACUCGACUCAACUCCAAUGAGGAGCUUUUUUGCUAGUGAUGGAUCGACAUAAAAUGAAGAGAAAUGAGGAUGUGUGUGUAAACACAAGCACUUCUAUGGAAACCCUACCUAUUUGAGGAAAUGAUUCCCUGGCUUCGUUUUCCUCAUGCCUGCUGCUCCACUUCUGCGUCAGCAUGUCUCUAAAACACAGCAAACAUUGGAGCCACACACACACCGACUACAGCUACAGGCCCCACAACUUGCCCCUGACUGACAACUGUGGGAAAAGAUCCAUCAGGACAUUUGUGGACUUCAGGCACACAAACAUGCCUGAAGGUCUGGACAUAAAAGGUUUCCCACUGUUGUGUUUAAUCAACUUGACAUGUGUCUCGAAAGUCAAAGUAGUUAGCUUCCUUUUGGGCUUGGUGCUGACGUUUCUCAUCAUGGCUUCGUACCUCCUGAUGUGGGACAGAAAAGGACUUCUGCUCUCUGCCUUCCCCCAUCCUUUCAGACCCGUGGUUAUCAUGACCAGUGCAACAACUGCUGAAGAUUCUCUUGACAGGGGCUUUAUAGAUUUGAAAACCCUGGUAAAGAUGAUCAACUCUAAUGAGCAGAAUACGUCCAGGAAGGUACCUGACAAAAAGGACGUCAUCAACACAGACCCACGUUUCUUUUCAGUGAUUCCUCGCCAUUUCCUGCCCCACAUCAAGAGCCCAUGCUGGUACGAGGAGCUCUCCGGUGAUAUUGGCACGGAUCCCUACAAGAACAACCGCUUCAGUCUCCGCUCCAAGAGUUUCAAGAACGUGUGUGACCACAUGAGAGCCAGAUUCCACCAGAAUGUGUGCGACAUCGACGGGAAACGCUUUCGCCUGCGCUGCUUGCCGUACUUUUACAUCAUCGGUCAGCCAAAGUGUGGCACGACAGACUUGUUUCACAGACUCUUGAUGCUUCCAGAGCUUAAAUUUAACACCAUAAAGGAGCCACACUGGUGGACCAGGAAACGCUUCGGUUAUAUUCGUUUCAAAAAAGGCUUCCAGGAGCGUUUUCCGAUAGAGGAUUACCUGGAUCUGUUUGACUUGGCAGCCAUCAACAUCCAAGUAGGAAUCAGUGGAAAUUCAUCUGGAGAGCACCGUGCAAAUGAGAUCAUAACAGGGGAAGCCAGCGCAUCGACUUUGUGGGACAAUCAAGCCUGGAGUUAUCUCCACGGAAACGAGGAGCAGACAGAACCGCCGUUCCUAGCUCAAGACUUCAUCCAUGCAGUCCAGCCUGGCGCCAACAUCAUCAUAAUGCUUAGGGAUCCAGUUGAGAGGCUUUACUCCGACUACUUGUACUUUACCUUGGCCAAUAAGUCUGCAGAGGAUUUUCAUCAGAAGGUGGUUGAGUGUGUCCAGUUGUUUCAGUCCUGUCUCUCUGAGAGGUCAUUGCGAUCAUGCGUCUACAACACCAGCCUUUUCAACGCCAUGCCGGUGAGACUCACACUGGGAAUGUACUUUGUUUUUGUCCUGGACUGGCUGACUAUUUUCCAAAGAGAGCAGAUUCUAGUUCUUCGACUGGAGGACUACGCAGCCAACCUCAGAAAAACUCUCAAGACAGUGUUGGAUUUUCUCGGCGUGGGCCCGCUGUCAGAGCAAGUGGAGACAUCGCUGACCAAACGUCCAAUGUCCAAUACGCGCCGGGCGAAAGACAGGGUCCUUGGUCCCAUGCUGCCAGCAACCAGGAACCUCCUCAGUCAGUUUUAUCAGCCAUUUAACAGUAAACUGGCCAGCAUUUUGAACAAAAAGGCUUUUCUCUGGAGUUACAGCUGAAGCAGCCUGAGCAGGAAUGAAAUCGAAUGGAGUUGAAAGAUCAGAGAGAAAUGUGACAGCAGACAGCAAUAAAACGCCUGAAGUGAAUCUAGAGUGAAAGAACUGAUGCUCAUGGCUCUUUGAAAGGACACUUCAAGUCAAUAUGAAGAUGAAGUAAACAAACUCAUUUCACAAAGUGCAUUCUUGGAGUCCAUGCAACAACAUGCCUGAAUAGUUUCCACCUAAUUUAUAACAGAAGAAUGAGUCAAGUGCUGUAAUAGUUUGUUUUGAACAUGUACAAAUAAACGGAAUUUGUUUUGUUUUGUUUAUUUCUGUCACAUUUGGUUUUAGGUUUGAAAACCUAAAACCAAAUACACUUCAGGGGAUUGUAAUUAAAAAAUAUGAUUUUCAUAUUGGACUGCAUAUUUUCUGUUGUGGAUGUUACUUCUGUUACAAAACACAAUAAAAUGAACAAUGGUCAAAAAGAAGGUCAUAUAAAGUGAAACUUUACAACUGUAAACAGGAAACUGAAGAAUAGACUGUGAUUUAGGUGGAUUCCACAAUAUAGUCUGUUGAUGGGCUUAUAGCCAGUCUAAUUUAUGAUAAAGACUAGAACAAAAUUUGGAUCAGAGACAACUAUAGAUGAGCUUAAAGGAAUUCAAAAACGUGAGACUAAAACUCUUAGGGACGUACUGUAAACUUCUGUUUGGUGAUGUUUAACAAUAGGUUUCCAAGUUCACACUGUAUGUUUUUUAAUCAACAGUUUUCGGAGACUGUUCCCUUCUGAGUUGAGUUUGGGUGUUCUGCUUGUGUAUGCAUGGGAUCUUUCUUGGUACUCCAGGUUUGUCCAAUAAAUUAAGAGUGUGUGUGUGUGUGUGUGUGUGUGUGUGUGCCUGUGUUUCCCUGUGAUCUGUCAAGUGUGUCAUGUUUACCCUGCCUCACAUUCAUUGAACUCUCACCACCAGGAUUUGGCAUAAGUGCGCAACUUUGAACUGGUCAGGCUUGUUCGCGAUGUCUUUAGGAUCUCAGUAAAAUCCUAAAUAUGGGUCCAGAUGAUUGUUGAUUAAUUAAUGUACAGAAUUUAUUUCCUAAUUUGACUCAGAGUUUAGCCAAGUGCAAAUAUUAAACAGUCAAAUAUACAACUCAUGUAAUUUUUGAC